AUGGGAAAAAUUCACAAAACUCAAAAAGGAAUGAAAGAAUGUAAAACGGCAGCAAAUAAAUGCGAUAAAGCUAAGGCGCGUCGACUAAAAAAAAGAUCAACUGAAAUUAAACAAAAGAAAAAAGAUAUUUCAUGUAUCAUGGAUGGAAAAGCAGAAGACGAUGACGAUAAUCCAUGGAAAACUUCAAGAAAAACAUUAAUUUAA